GAUUAAUGAUAAAAGACGGUGAAAAUUUUCCAUUGUUAAUCAUCAUCGAGCAUCGUUUUCUCUAUUUGUCUGCAGCAAAUUGGUCACCAUCAUUUCAUAAUUUUCAAAGUCCUUUACGUUUCCACCGUAAUACUACUAAUUUAUACAGUAUUUUAGAAAAAUACAUAUAAUACACUCUGCUCCAUUGUUGCAAGAAAACUCACGCACAGCAAUGGCGGAACACACAAUCAUAGACCCAAGAAGUGGAUAUUGCUCGGAAACAAAGAUUUUACACAGCCUCAGACCGCCGGUUUCAUUACCGCCGGCUUCUCAACCAAUAUCGGUGGCGGAAUACGCUCGAUCCCUCCUCCAAGCCACUAUCACAUCCCCUGACUCCACCGUCACUCUCGACACUCCGUUCCUCAUCGACGCCGCCACCGGCCAGCAGCUCACCCACUCGAGAUUCCUAAACCAGGUCCACUCACUCUCCGUCUCCCUCCAAUCCCAAUUCCCGUCCAUCUCCCGAAACGAUGUCGCUUUCGUCCUCGCCCCUACUUCCUUCCACAUCCCUGUUUUAUAUUUCUCUCUGUUCUCCCUCGGAAUCACCGUCUCUCCGGCCAACCCUCUUUCCACCACUUCCGAGUUGACUCACUUGUUUCAGCUGACUAAACCCGCCGUCGUAUUCACCACCUCAUCAAUUUUGCCCAAACUUCCUCCGUCCUUCCGAUUCAUUACAAUUCUUCUUGAUUCGCCCCAAUUCCUGUCCAUGAUAACCAUCAAAAUCAGUAAAAAUUAUAGCCUCGGGGUUGUCAAUCAAGAUGACACGGCGGCGAUUCUUUACUCUUCCGGAACAACCGGUCGAGUGAAGGGAGUUCAGGUGACUCACCGUAAUUUAAUUGCGAUCACGGCGGGAAUGUUCUACAACAGAUACGUCGGAAUUGACCAGGAAUCGGGUCGCACGGUCUCGGUUUUACCCGUGCCUCUGUUUCACGUAAUGGGGGUUUUUAUGCUGAUCAUCGGGGCUGCCGCGGGCGAGACGGUUGUUCUGUUGAAUAGGUUUGAUUUUGAGGAUUUGCUGAAGGCGGUUGAGAAGUACCGGGCGACGUACAUGACGGUUUCUCCGCCGCUCGUGGUGGCGUUGACGAAGUCGGAGCUGGUGGAUCGGUACGACGUGAGGUCUCUCCGGCUGGUCGGCUGCGGUGGCGCGCCGCUUGGGAAGGAGGUUGCUGAAAGGUUCGUGGCGCGGUUUCCGCACGUCGAUAUAAUUCAGGGAUAUGGUAUGACAGAGAGCUCAGGAGCGGCCACCAGGAUGUUGAAGCCUGAGGAGGCCAAGUGUUUUGGAUCUGUCGGUCGCCUGGUUGAGAAUACCGAAGCAAAGAUUGUUGACCCUGUUACUAAACAGGCUUUACCGCCUGGUCAGCGAGGUGAAUUAUGGCUGCGAGGACCAAUAAUCGUAAAAGGUUAUGUUGGAGAUCCUCAAGCAACUGCGGAGACAUUGGAUACAGAGGGCUGGCUAAAGACUGGCGAUCUGUGUUAUUUUGACUCUGAUGGGUUUCUUUUCAUCGUAGAUCGGCUUAAGGAACUCAUAAAACACAAAGCAUAUCAGGUAUACGUGCAAAAAAUACAUUGUGUGGAACAUUCUUCUUUCGAGUUUGAUCUCAUAUAAAGAGUUUUAAAUGCAGGUUCCACCGGCUGAGUUAGAACAUUUGCUUCUGUCUCAUCCUGAUGUAGCUGAUGUGGCAGUGAUUCCGUAUGUAGUUCAGAUUUAGCUGAAUUCCACCAUUUCUAUGUGAACCCUCUUCCGUCCAUAUGUCGAGUUCUUAAACUGUUUGGUUGAUAAUCAUAUCAUCUAAGUGCAGGUAUCCUGAUGAAGAAGCCGGGCAGAUUCCAAUGGCUUACAUUGUGAAAAAACCUGGAAGCUCUGUCACAGAGACUCAAAUUAUGGAUUUUGUUGCCCAACAGGUAUUUUUAGUAUACGUUUGCAGUCGAAAUUCAGGCUUAGUCAUAAACCUCAAACUAAACUAUUUUUGCUUCCUUCUGAAAUUUCUUUGAUGUGAAGAAUCUAAGUAGAUGAGAAACAAAUGUAGUCAGUAGGCUCGCAUGUUGUAAUUGUGUUCUUGUCUUCGUUUCCUGUCAUCAAAGGUUGCACCAUACAAGAAGAUACGGCGGGUAGUAUUCAUCAAUGCAAUUCCAAAAAGUCCAUCUGGAAAGAUUCUGAGAAGGGAGCUAGUUAGCCAUUCUUUAUCAGCUUCUUCAUCUAAAUUAUGAAACAAGUCCUAACGUUUUCAUACCAUGGAUGUUUUGUUGAACUUUAGCGCACGAGUUCAAGGACCGUUUGACCUGAUUUGCUAUUAAAGAACUUUAGGUUCUGCAAGACGAUAUAUUUGUCCCAACAGUAAAUAAGAAUUAAUUUGAGUGUGAUAUGUGUUUAUUUCAAGUUAUCUCUAUGUGAAAAAUAAGAAGAAGAAGAUGUAUUUCUACAUUUAGGAAUUAGGAUUGCCGCAUGUUUGUAUUCCAAAAAACAAAAAAAAAAAAAAAAAAAACAAAAGAAGAAGAAGAUUCAUGUUACACAUGAAGCAAUAUAUAUGAUGGUGAUCUUUUCUGAGAACACAAAUGUUUAUCAAGGAAAAAUUGGUCACUUUCACGUACGCUGAAAUGGGAAAUUUAUCAUAUCAUAGUAUAACGAUUGAUAACAUCACAUAUGAUGUGAGUUAUCACUUCAAUAAUUUCGAAUAAUGAACCGUCGAAAUUGAAUAGUAACUCGUUAUCAGAUAAUCGCUAAACUCAACCCGCAAUGGAAGCAACUCCUCAUUUUAUUUAUAGCAAACUGAAAACUGGUCACUAUCAGAACUUUCUUAAUUUUCCCGAACUAGUAUAGUACUACAACAUACUGCAAUAAAAUACAUUUUUAUACCUCGCAUCUUAUACCAUUUCUUCCUUUUUGUUUUUAAAGACAAUAAAAAUAACUCGCAGCAAUGGCAGAACCGAAAAACAUCGACCCAAGAAGUGGAU